AUGAAGUGGAGCGUGCGGGGAGCCUGCGCCGCGCUCUCCAGCUGCCUCCUGCUCGCCUGCGCCCUCAGCGCCGCCGCCGUGGGCCUUAAGUGCUUCUCGCUGGGCUCCGAGCUCAAGGGCGAGCCCUUCCGCCUGGGCACCGCCGCCGGCGCCUUCUACUCGGGGCUGCUGCUGGCCGCCGGUCUCUCGCUGCUCGCCGCCGCGCUGCUCUGCUGCCGCCCGCCCGACGAGGCGCCCGCGGCCCCGGCCCCGGCCCCGGCCCCGGCCGCGGCCUCGGCCUCGGCCCUGGCCCCGGCCGGGGACCCGGACCCGGCGGGCGGCGGCCCCGGCGGGGAGGAGGCGGUGGCCGCGCCGUCGGGGCCGGUGGAGAAGGCGCCGCCCGGGGGGCGGCAGAACUUCCUGCUGCUGGGGGUGCUGGUGUUCAUGCUGGGCGUGCUGAGCGCCUUCGCCGGCGCCGUCAUCGACGGCGACACCGUGUCGCUGGUGGAGAGGAAGUACUCGCAUUACUGCCUGCUGCAGCCCGGCGGCGCGGCGCGCCCGCGGAGCGGCCCCGGCCCCGACGGCUCCGCCGCGGCGCUGCGCUGCCAGAAGCUGCGGGACUACCAGCAGGGCUUGGUGCUCUCCACCGUCUUCAACGCGCUGGAGUGCCUCCUGGGCCUGCUCAACCUGCUCCUCGUCAAGAACUACAAGGCCUCGCAGCAGCGCGGGCGCCGGCGGCGGCGGCGGCGAGCGGCCCCGGCGGCAGCGGCGGCGGCGGGCGGGCGGCGGCGGCGGCGGCGGGGCGGCGGCGGCGGGCGGCGGGCGCCGCGCCACAGCCAGGGCUCCCUCUUCUCCGGCGGCGAGCCCGAGCAGCCCGGGGAUUGCCCCUUCCAGGCCGUCUCCUACAUCAACGUGGGCGUCUUCCACGUCUUCGACGAGGCCGGCGUGGAGGUGCACUGCGGCGGGCAUCCCUCCGUCGAGCUGCCCGGCUACUCGCCCAUGGACCCCGAGCUCAACGCCUCCUACCCCUACUGCUACCCGCUGCCCAGCGAGCAGCCCCCCGCCUACGAGGAGAUCUACCCCGGGGAGCCCUGCGCUCGUGGCACCUAG